AUGAGCCUCAACUCCUCCCUCGGCCACAGGAAGGAGCUGAGGAACCUCACCGAGGCGGCCGGGGACCAGGGCGGCGGCGGCGUCACAGAGCUCAUCGCCAUCGUCGUCAUCGCUGUUUUUGUCUGCCUGGGCAACCUGCUCAUCGUGAUCACCUUGUACAGGAAGCCCUACCUGCUUACGCUCAGCAACAGGUUCGUCUUCAGCCUGACCCUGUCCAACUUCCUGCUGUCUGUCCUGGUGCUGCCUUUUGUGGUGACCAGCUCCAUCCGGAGGGAAUGGAUCUUCGGAGUGGUCUGGUGCAACUUCUCAGCCCUCCUGUACCUGCUCAUCAGCUCAGCCAGCAUGCUCACCCUUGGGAUCAUCGCUGUCGACCGCUACUACGCUGUCGUGUACCCCAUGGCGUACCCAAUGAAGAUCACAGGCAGCCGGGCUGUGAUGGUGCUUGCCUACAUCUGGCUUCACUCCCUCAUCGGCUGCCUGCCACCUCUGUUUGGCUGGCCAUCAGUGGAGUUUGACGAGUUCAAGUGGAUGUGUGUGGCCGCGUGGCACCGGGAACCCGGCUAUACCGCGUUCUGGCAGAUCUGGUGCGCCCUGUUCCCCUUCUUGGUCAUGGUGGUGUGCUACGGCUUCAUCUUCCGAGUGGCCAGGGUCAAAGCACGCAAGGUGCAUUGUGGCGCUGUGGUCGUUGUGGAGGUGGACGCACAGAGGGCCGGGAGGAAGAGCUCCAGCACCUCUACCUCCUCCUCGGGCAGCAGGAAGAACGCCUUUCAGGGCGUGGUCUAUUCGGCUAACCAGUGCAAAGCCCUCAUCAGCAUCCUGGUGGUCAUUGGUGCCUUCAUGGUCACCUGGGGCCCCUACAUGGUUGUCAUCACCUCCGAGGCCCUCUGGGGGAAGAACUGUGUCUCCCCAACCCUGGAGACCUGGGCCACUUGGCUGUCCUUUACCAGCGCCAUCUGCCACCCUCUGAUCUAUGGACUCUGGAACAAGACGGUGCGCAAGGAACUCCUGGGCAUGUGCUUUGGGGAUCGGUAUUACCGGGAACCAUUUGUACAGCGGCAGAGGACGUCUAGGCUCUUCAGCAUUUCCAAUAGGAUCACAGACCUGGGCCUGUCCCCACACCUCACGGCCCUCAUGGCAGGCGAACAGCCCCUGGGGAACAGCAGCAGCACCGGGGACACUGGCUUCAGUUGCUCUCAGGACUCAGGAACAGAUGUCAUGCUGCUUGAAGACUACACGUCAGAUGACAACGCUCCCUCCCAUGGCGCGUGCCCACCCAAGAGGAGGAGCUCGGUGACAUUUGAAGAUGAAGUAGAGCAGAUCAGAGAAGCUGCCAAGAACCCCAUUCUUCACGUGAAAGCUGAUGUGCACAAGUCCUUGGACAGUUACGCAACCAGCUUGGCCAAAGCCAUAGAGGCUGAAGCCAAAAUCAACUUAUUUGGGGAGGAGGCUUUGCCUGGGGUCUUGCUUACAGCUCGGACUGUCCCUGGAAUUGGCUUUGGGAGCCGCCGAGGCAGCAGAACUCUCGCAGGUCAGAGGCUGCAGCUUCAGAGCAUCGAAGAGGGGGAUGUUUUAGCCGCAGAGCAGAGAUGA